AUGAUUAAAGUUCUCAGUUUUGUCUUAUUGAUGAUUUUCGGAGGUUGUUCAUCACAAACUGAUGGAAGACAAAAAAGACUUUUGUUUUACGAUGAAGAUGGCAAUUUGGUGAAGACGUAUACUAAUCCGUACCUACGUGACUUGGCUCUUCACGCUGACAAACUGCCUUUCUAUGGCAACUUCCUCAAUCCUUUCUUCGCAUUUAUUCGGACCUCGCAUAGCAGCUCGCUGCCUGCCUUUGCAAUUCCUGUCUCCAACGAAAUCAUUCAGAAGAUUGAGUAUGACCCACUAUAUCAGCAAGAGCUUAUAAUUAAUCCUAAAAAAGAUCCAGCGAUCGUCAGCAAUCCAGCUUGCGAAGGAAAAAGGGCCCAAGUCCCAUCGCCUUUGUCAUGCAAUAGCUUCCUUAAUUGCUGGGACGGCUGGUCUUUCGAGCAGGAUUGCCCUAAGGGAUUGAUGUUCUCUGGAGACGGCUACUGCGAUUACGCUGAAAACGUUGACUGCAAUAUUCGGACUCCAAGUAAACCUCAAAUACCGCAAUUUCCACAACCGGAACCACAGCCCAUUAAACCAGCGCAGCCGCAGAUCCCACCGAUUCCUCAAACAGUAUCGCCUUCGCCACCUCAACCUCCCUGUAUUCAAGCAUUACCACCAACGCUAUUGCCCCCAGCGCCAUUACCCCCUGCAAAACCUGCUCAACCACAAAGUCCGGCUACCGGACCGCCAUUGCAAGCUGUAGAACCGCUACCACCACAGCAACAACCAGCGCAUCAACAUCCUCAACCUCCGCAACCACAAGUACCACAGCCACAACCACCGCAACCACAACCUCCUCAACUUCAACCUCUCCUCGAACCCCAACCAAAGUGCGGCCAAGACUUCGAGACAUUCCGAAGUCAGUUUAAUUGUAACGUUUUCUUCGUUUGUGUGAAUCGACAGCCAGUGAAGUUCUACUGUCCAGCUGACCUCGCCUACAGCCAGAUACUUGGAGUAUGUGAUUACCCAGACCGUGUGGAAUGCGGCAAAGCUCUUCUGAUCACAACAGCAUCUACAGCUCCUCCUCAACAAACUACCACUCCACUUAUUGUGUCAUCCUCCCCUUUGUACCCUGAACUUCCGAAACAAGAAGAUUCACCUAUAUUUCUGUUUGAAAAUUCAAACUACAAUAGUCAAAGCUGGAGCACCACUAAUAUAGCGAUGUCCCGUUCAGAUGCUAUACGCCAGGUACUGUUGAAGACGAGUCGCAAGUGACCACCUAACUUAAUUAACUCUACGAAGAUUCACACUAUAUUUAAUAUAAACUAU